AGCAAACUCGGCCGCUGAGCCGAUGCUCACUGUUGAAGGCAUUUUGGGCUUCAAGUUGUUUAACAGGUACAGAUAUCGUGAAAGGCUGUUAUUGAUUUCAAAGCUCAGAGCAACCGGCAAGGUGGUGAGAUGUGGCGGUUGUAGGAAGGCCCAGGAUCAUCGGCGCUAAGCUUCUUAUCGCAGAGUUGGACAAUUUCUGCCCGUCUUUGGUGUCACCGCCCGGAAAUAUAUCAAUGAAACCAAAUCCACCAUCCGCCUUCAUUACGCAAAUCAAGCAACAUGGGGCACGAGGGGUUAAAUAACAAGAAGCGUAAUCGCAAUGGCGAUGCCAAAGGCUCACAGGACGCGGCCAUUUAUGGCCCGGGAAAGGGGCGAAGCUGGACAACCAGCCUUGCAAUUCCAGGGAACAUCAUAGAUAUGAACACGAGCCUAGAAUCCCGCUCCAUUGUCGCUUCUCAAAUCGCCCGCGCAAUCUCCACCUUCAGAAUCGACGAGGUUAUCAUCCUCUCGACCUCAACCUCCGCACUCGAUUCCACCGCUGCCUCUACUGAUUCAGCCACGUUUCUCCUCCGCGUGCUCUCUUACCUUGAGACACCUCCAUAUAUGCGCGAUCGCCUUUUCCAGCCUGGCAAAUCGGCAAUUCACCCAGACCUCGCUCACAUCUCCACCCUUCCCGCCGAAUCUACGGCUCUCCCCCACCACGCCUCUUACGCCGACACACUUUACCGCGAAGGUGUCACACUCAAGGCCCAAGAAGAAGGGACAUACCAUCGUCUCGUCAACUGCGGGUUGCCCAAUGGCAUCUUAGCCUCCAUCCCCGACCCCAUACCAAAGAGUACGCGGGUUACGGUGAAACUCUCGUCGCAAACCCCGUCGGGAGACAGGACAUCUAUUCCAGCGGAAGUCGUCGCACCGUCCGAACCACGCGAGGAGAUUGGGCAAUACCUCGGCUAUGAAACUCGCACGUCGCCAUCUCUGGUCUCUCUAUUCGAAGACUGCCCAUACGAAGGCGGCUACGAUAUCUCUAUUCUGGUGUCUGACUCUGAGGGUGACGAUGCUGGGAACAUAUCUGCGGCGAAUGCAAAGUUUCAGCAUAUUCUUCUUGCGUUUGGCGGGGCCGGAAACUUUGAGGAGUUGACGAAGAACGACCCGAAACUUGGGAGCCUGGAUUUGGACAACUUUGCUGACCUGUUUGAUCACACGGUUAAUGUUGCAAAGGGCUUACCUUUUGCAAAUUCAGGUUCAUUACGCGUGGAAGAGUUGGUAUUGGUGGGAUUGGCUGGCCUCAAACCACUGCUUGCGGAGCAGUAUAGAUCAUAAUGGUAUCCACGACUUUCUACUAUAUUCCCCCUGUUGCGAAUCGGUUAUUUGAUGGGCAUUGUGACUUUCUUAUAUAUAUAUAUAUAGCUAUAGUAAUUAGGCUAUGAAUUGAUUUAGCUUCCCAGCCAAUACAGUCUCAAAACGCAG